AUGGCUCUUAUUAACAACAAUCAAGAUUCCAAUAACUCACACCUUCACCUUGUUCUAGGCUUAUCUUUAACCACUCCAAACGAAACAACCACCACCACCGUCGCAAAUCCCUACUAUUCCUCCUCCAACGAGCCAUCCUUAACUGUUACUGUUUCUUCGUUCUCCAAUGGGAGAAUACUUCACGUGAAAAGGGAGAGAGAUGAAGACGAAGACAUAGUAGAAGAAGAAGAAAGAGUUUCUUCAAGAAUAAUUAGCGACGAAGAUGAAGAUGGAACAAACGCUAGAAAGAAACUUAGGCUUACCAAAGAACAAUCUCUUUUACUUGAAGAAAGCUUCAAACUACACAGCACUCUCAAUCCUAAACAAAAACAAGCUUUAGCGAAACAAUUGAGUCUAAGGCCACGACAAGUUGAAGUGUGGUUCCAGAAUCGGAGAGCCAGAACAAAGCUGAAACAAACGGAGGUAGAUUGUGAGUUUUUGAAGAAAUGUUGUGAAACAUUAACAGAUGAAAACAGGAGGCUAAAGAAGGAGCUUCAAGAGCUGAAAGCAUUGAAACUAUCUUCACAACCUUUAUACAUGCCUAUGCCGGCGGCUACUCUUUCCAUUUGUCCGUCCUGCGACCGGCUCGGCGGCCGUGUCGCAGAAGGUGGUGGAUCGAAUAAGAAGAUUAUCACUGCUUUUACGAUGGCUCCUAAUUCUCCCUUUUAUAAUCCUUUCAAUAAUCCUUCUGCUGCAUGUUAA